AUGGUUCGCCAAGAUUGGCUCAGAUCGCAACAUUGCGAGUUUGACGAGCGCGAACCGUUCUUUUACGUUCAAGUGGUUCACGAGGCGAGAAACGACAGCGGACGGCUUACACACGAAAUCAAGUGCUUGAAUUGGAAAAGGUAUUCAUACUUGAUGUCAAUACAAAUAUUGACUUUAUUUAAGGAAUUCCAUUUCAAUAAAUACUUGACGAGAAAACGACGAAUCGAAAUCGCUCACUCGUUGAUGCUCACAGAACGGCAGGACAAGCCGAUCACACCGCAAAUGAUGCCGUUCCCGACGGGCCCGUUACCAUUUGCACAUUUGGGAUUCCCACGGAAUUUCCUGCUUUCGAAUCAAUUCUGA